AUGGAGGGCGACAAGAUUCAUGAUGACACUUCUUCCGCCGCCAAUUGCAUCAAGAUUGUGAAAGAAGAAAUGAUAGACAGCGCCGACGACCUUGAUAUUACAUCUCCGCGUCAGACACCGAAGGAAUGGCUUGAGAAGCUUACUACACUGGACUUUGCAGACCCUGCCUCUGUUAUCGGCCACCGAUUGGCCUUGAUCCAGGAUAACGUACCAGAAUUCGUUCUGUGCACUGGUAAAGACGCCUUUAGUGUUUCGCCAUGGCCUGGAGCUAUGAGCAAGGAUCGCACAUCAGUUGUAGAUCGCGACAGCUCCCAUCCAGGCCUACUGACGCUUGAAUUUGUCGGCAAAAGCAAGGUGCGACCAGUUCUCGCAGAUGGAGAAGUCCCCAAACUAUCACUUCCUUCUGUGGUGCUACCCAUUGGACAGUUGCGCUUGAAAUACGAGACCUCAAGUGGUAUCCCAUAUACACACGAUACUGACUAUGUCCUCGUCGUUGAUGCUAUUGCGCCUGGGCAUCCUGUCUGGCUGAUCUGGGAUCGGCUGGGAGGUUUGAGGGACGAACGAGGCUACCUUGACCCAGAGACGUGUGACCCGGUCUUCAAGGGAGUUGAGAAGAACUUUGACGCUGCUCAGAUCCCGCCCAGUAUUGACCACUGGCUCGAGUCCUACGGAAAUCUCAACUUCAAUCAGCUUCAGGAGUCUGUCAAGGCGACCGGUCUCCUCGGUUUCGUAAAGGCCAAGGAGGCAACAUUGGCGUACGUCACUGAGUGUUUGGGCCAGGCUCAUUCGCAAGUGGCAACUGAUGCAAUGGAAAACAACGAGAUUUCCGAAGCUCGCUUUGCCGAGAUCAAGGCGGCUGUUUGUGACGACCCUUUCAAAGUUCACCCAGCGGUCUACUUGCAGAAACUCAAGGAAGUGACUGCUUGCGAUAACAGCUUGGAGCCGUUCCUGAACAGGGCUUCCAGGGUCAACACCACCCGUCGUCUUUCACCAAAGGAAUGGCUUGAGCAGCUUGCUACAGUCGACUUCUCAGACCCCUUCGCCAUAACUGAUCACCAAUUGAACAUGGCCUUUUAUUUUCAGGGCCGAUUCGAUCUUAUUACUGAUAGUAAUAUAGAUACCCUUGCUAUUAUACCAGAUGUUGGAGCACUGUUCACGGAGGAGCUCCCUCGGCAUGACUCUUCAUCUCAGACCAUGUCUGAGGACUUGGACCCCUAUCCUUUACUAAUUUCACUUCAGGUCCAUCCUAUCUUCAAACCAUCAGUUUCCGGCCAACCUCUUCCUUCUCUAGUAUUGCCUGUCGGGCAGUUGCACACGAAAUCGAAUGCAAAGAUAAGCGAGAUCUUCCUUGACACUGACUAUGUCCUUGUUAUUGAUGCUGUUACGCCUGGACAUCCUGUCUGGCUGAUUUAUGAUCGGAAUCCGCUGGAUGAGAUCUCCGUCGAACGAAUCACCGUUAAUCCGGAUAAGCAACCCUUGAUCUUCGAAGGCAUUGGACACAAUUUUGACGCCGCCCAAAUCUUCUCGAGUGUUCAUGAUUGGAUCCAUUCCUAUGGAAAUGUCGACUUCGCCCAAUUUGAGGCGUCUAUCAAGGUGACUUGUAUCACAGGUGCUGUGCAGGCCAAGGAAAUUCUGUUGUCGGAGGCUGAGGUGCUUUUUCGCCAGUAA